UCUCGUAUGACAGCUGUGCUUUCGCUCUCUCAGCUUGCCUGAAGUAUGAUUAGCACAGAGCUAAUUUUUAUACAUUCAAGAUUCUAGAUAGCAAUAUUCAUAAACUACAGCAGCUCUGUGUAUCUGAUUCAAGCACUAAUUGUGUGGGUCCUAUCACGAAUACAGCGGGAAAGCAGUGUAUUUCACGGCUAAUACUAGAGAAGAGACACGCAAUGCUCAGUGGAUAAAAGGCUUGUAGUCCCAGCUGGGAAAAUCGUUCCAUUAUCUCCCAGCUGCAUAGACAUUCCAUACGGCUCCGUUCUGCCUCGGUGAACACUGUGACUUGCUGAGAGCUUCAAACAGUUCUGCAGAAAAUUGUAAAGAUCCUGAGACAUUUCACUGUUAAGAUCUAAUAUCAAGGUAGUCACAGGAAGACACACUUUACUUUCCACUGAUUGGAUGGGAGGAAUUUUUGACCUUGGAAAGUGGAGAUGGUGUUGCUAUGGAAACAUAAUUCUGCUGCCAUUCAUAAGCUGCAGCACAGGGGAAGACACUCUACAUGGCCCUAUUUUUAUCCAAGAGCCAUAUGAUACCACUUAUUCUAUAAACUCAGCAAAUCCAGAAAUACUACUGAACUGUACAGCUAAAGGAUAUCCUCUCCCAUACUACAGGUGGAAGCAAAAUGGCACAGAUAUUGAUCUUACCAUGAGUUAUCACUGCAGGUUGGUUGGAGGCAGCCUGGCAAUCAAUAAUCCACAUCAAAAACAGGAUAUUGGAACACACCAAUGUUUGGCCACCAAUUCAUUUGGAACAAUUCUGAGCAGGAAGGCAAAGCUGCAAUUUGCAUACCUUGAAAAUUUUGAAACCAAAGCAAGAAGAACGGUGUCAGGCAGAGAAGGACAAGGAGUGGUUCUGCUUUGUGGUCCUCCACCUCAUCAUGGAGGCUUGUCGUAUGCAUGGAUCUUCAAUAGACUUUAUGUUCAGGAAGAUAGCCGCUGAUUUGUUUCACACGAAACAGGAAAUCUGUACAUUGCCAAAGUAGAGCCAUCUGAUGUGGGCAAUUAUACUUGUGUUGCAACUAACUCUAACGCUGAACAAAGUGUACAGAGACCUCUACUCCUCUCAUUAUUUUAG